AAAAUUAAUCGCACGCUAAAAGUGCGAGUCUUUCCUAUACAGACAAAAGGUUGUCUGAUCGCUGACGUUGGCAUUCGUCCUUAAUCUUUAUCUUGUCUUUCUUUCUUCUUCUUUCCUCGGCCCGAGACACACUCAGAUCAUAGGGAGAGGUGAGGUGUUCUUGUUUCCAUUUCCAUGAAUAAUUACAUGCAAAGAAAUGGAGAGAUAUGGGCAUUUGAGAAUGCUUCUAAACAAGAAUUACAAGUAGCUCUAGCUAAUGAUCAUUGUGAAAAUGGUGAUGGGUAUGAUGGGGUUGUUCUGGGUUUGGAUGGUGGGACCACCUCCACUGUCUGUGUAUGUAUGCCGUUUCUUCCAUUCUCCAAAACCCUUCCUAACCCUCUCCCUAUGCUUGCUCGUGCAAUUACUGGUUGCUCCAAUCACAACAGCAUAGGAGAAUCUUCUGCCAGGGAUACAUUAGAAGAUGUUAUGGCUGAGGUCCUUUCAAAAUCAGGUUCAAAUAGAUCUGCUGUUCGUGCUGUUUGCUUAGGCAUUUCUGGUGUUAACCAUCCAACUGAUCAAGAAAGGGUUCUAAGUUGGCUAAGGAAAAUAUUCCCCAGCCAUGUGAAAUUGUAUGUCCAGAAUGAUGCUGUUGCUGCUUUGGCAAGUGGGACCAUGGGAAAGCUUCAUGGAUGUGUAUUAAUUGCUGGUACUGGGUGCAUUUCUUAUGGAAUAGCUGAAGAUGGUAGAGAAGCUCGGGCUUCUGGUGUAGGGCCCAUCUUAGGUGAUUGGGGAAGUGGCUAUGGCAUUGCUGCUCAGGCUUUAACUGCAGUAAUAAGGGCUCAUGAUGGUCGUGGUCUACAGACAAUGCUUACUGAUAAAAUUCUGAAGGCAUUGGAUCUUUCUUCUCCUGAUGAAGUCAUUGGGUGGACUUAUGCAGAUACAUCUUGGGCAAGGAUUGCAGCCCUUGUUCCAGAAGUGGUAUUUUGUGCAGAAGCUUCUGAUCAAGUUGCAAAUAAGAUCUUACUCAAAGCAGUCCAGGAGUUGGCUCUAAGUGUAAAAGCUGUUGUUCAGAGACUUGGAUUAUCUGGAGAAGAUGGAAAUGGUUCUUUCCCUGUUGUGAUGGUUGGAGGUGUCCUUGAAGCUAACAAGAGUUGGGAUAUAGGAAAAGAAGUUGUGAAAUGCAUUCAGGAGUUCUUCCCUGGGGCUUAUCCGGUUAGACCACAGGUGGAACCAGCUGUUGGGGCGGCUUUGCUGGCCUGUAAUUUCUUCAUGAAAGAAUUGAAAGAGUACAACCAUAGCUGACCCAUGGCUGUGCACUAGACUACACGUUUUCCCCGUGCAAUGAAAAAUAGAGGAAGACUUCCUAAGAAAUAUAUAUAUAUUUUUUUGGGUGAAUACAAAUAAAAGUUUAUUUCAGUGUACAGCAAAUAGCAUUUUUAAACAGUGCCCUUCAGCGUUCCUUGGAAGGACUAUUUAAAAGAAACAAAGAAUAAAUCAAUUGCCCUUUAGUCAAAUAAA